GAGCGGGGCGGCGGGCGGCGAGCUGAGCCCGCCGCUGGCCUUGGCUCGCAGGCGGCCAUCAAGCGAGCGUGCCGGGAGCGCAUCUGGGAGUGGGCGCGGCCGGUGAGGGAGCGGGGCCCGCGGAGGAGCCGGCGGGGCGUGCCGGGCGGGGCUGAGGCGAGGCCCGGCAGGGCGGCAGGCGGAGGGGAGCGAGCGUGGAGAGAGCGGGGCCCGCGCAGCGUGCCGGGCCGGGCAGUGGUGAGCCGCGGCGGGGCCGGGCAGGGGGCCCAAGGCGCGGCGCAGCAUCGGCCCCGCUGUCGGCAUCGCGGUCCCCCCGCAGCACAAGGGCGCCCUUGUGGCCCUGGAGCUGGCGCUGCUGUGGAAGGUGUGGUGGCCCGGCUUCCGCGGCGUGGUGGCGUGGUGCGGCUCCUGGGCUGGUUCGAGGUGCCCGACGGCUGGGCGCUGGUCAUGGAGCGUGCGGAGCACAGUCAGGAGCUCCGGCACUUGCUGGAGGAGCGGGGCUUCCUGACGGAGCCCGUGGCGCGGGGGCUGCUCCGCCCGGUGCUGGAGGCCGUGCGACACCGCAGCAGCCGCGGCGUCUGCACCGCGACAUCAAGGCCGAGAACGUCCUCGUGGACCUGGGCACGGGCAAGGCGAAGCUCAUCGACUUCGGGUGCGGCACGAUCCUCCAGGACACAUUCUACACCCGGAUGUCAGUUUUGCUGAGGCCUUGUUGCUCCUCUGUGACACCCUCCCUUCAGAAUGGCUUCUGGAUUCCCGAAAAAGACACCGACACCUCGUCUUUUGCUGAGGGAAAGACUGCAGCCUAACACUAUUCCUCGGCUGGUGAAGGUGUGCAUGGAGAGCUGCCCUUAUUUCCAGCUGGCGAGCCCCAGGGGUGUGUACCACAUGGUGCCAGCAGGCGCCUCUGCCCCUGUGCGCAUCUGCUUCAGCCCCGAGGAGAACAAGGAUUAUUCCCACGAGCUCACCUGCAUCACUACAAGGGGAAGGAUAGUGGUGCCAAUUCGGGCCAUUGCUGCCCGAGCUGUCCUGGACUUCCCUGAGCAGCUGGACUUCUCCACAUGUCCAGUCAAGAGCAGCAGCCAGAAGACUCUGCUGCUCCACAACUCUGGGAACCUGGAAGCUCGUUUCCAGCUGAGCACCCAGAGUCCUUUCUCCGUGACUCCGGCCACGGGAGCUCUGGGCGCUGGUGGCACCGUGCAGGUGACAGUGGGAUUCCACGCGCUGACGGCCGGUGACCAUUGCGGGUGCCUGGCAGUGUGCUGCAGCACAGGUAAAGAAAGAAUCCACACACACCUCCAUGGAGAAGCUGUGGAUGUCAACGUUGGGUUGAGCACAAAUUCUGUGGAGCUUGACAAGACUUUGAUCACCAUGUCAAGCCACAGAACCGUGUGUGCUCCCCCCAGAGCAGAUGCCAUCUGACCAACAUCUCCAGGAGGGCUGCCCUGCAUGGCAGGAAGAGACAGAGGAGAGCCUGUGACCAUUGGACAGGUAGACUUCCUCUGUUUGUAGAUACAUUUAGAGAUUUCUUUGGUUCCAUUUAUCAAUGCUUAUAGUUCCAUUUAUGUAUUAUAGUGUUCUGUUUAUAUGUCCAUAUAUUUAUAAAUCUGUAUAGUUAAAUGUGGAUAUGUAUAGAGUUUCAGAAGUGAUAUAAUUAUAUUUCUAUAUAUGUAAUUAUAUUUAUAGAUUUUCAAAGUUAAAUUUACAUAUAAGUAGAGUAAAAAAUAUAUAUAUGUAUGAAGUUAUAUUUGUAAAUGCGCAGUUAUCUAGUAAGAGGAAUAUGAGUGUUUUACUGAAUAGAUUGAUGUUUGUGUAGGUCUAGGAUGCAUUUUUUACUUCUUUCCCCCAUGGCUGCCUUUUUCACCUCUUGCUUUUCCCCCUGUGCCCGCUCUGUCCCCUCUCCCUGGGCUGGGUCCAAGCUGGCGGCCGGGCCGGGCGCAGCAGCAGCUCCAGCCCCGGGUGUCCCUGGAGCGCUGGGAGCUGCCAGUGGCCCCAGGCACUGUCCCCUGAGGAGCUGCUGAAGGACGCUGUAAGGAAGACUACGAGGACAGCCGGAGACUGCCAGGAGCCAGCAGGGAGAAGCUGAGUGCCAGCAGCAGGAGCAGUGAGCAGGACCCUGCUGCUGCCAGCCUGGAGAGAGCCCAGAUGUCCCAUCUGCUCUCCGUGUCCAGGAGAUCUGCCAAACUUCAUCUGCAGGAUCAGAAGAACUGGUGUCCUUUGGCCACCUCCAGUUCCCACUGAAGAUGGGAGCACCUGCAGAGCAGAGGGGACCAGCUGCAGCUCCAGGCCCAGCUCUUGCUGGUCAUGGCUGAGUCUGUGACAAGCUCCAGGAGCUGCUGCCAUCUCCCUCCCUGUUGGCAGCUCCCUCCCUCCAGCCCACAGGCCCUGCCCAUCCCCUUUAUUCCCUCCCAGCUCACCCCUUCGCUUUGCCUUCCCUUAUUAAACAGUUUGUCUUUUUCA